GACUUUUCACGGGACAUAAGGGUACCGGUGAAGAAGACAUGUUUCAUCCAAGAGACAAAGUUCAUCCGUGUCGUUUGCCGGAACGAGGGUGAAAUGCCUCAACAAGGAGUGAUCGAGCAAACUGAAGGCAUCCUUGAGAGUGAAGCCGAGACCGAGGCCGUUCGUAGCCGCUCUAGAGCAGGACCUAGCACUGCUGGCGAAGGAACAAGCAAUGCAGGGGAAGAAACUAGCCGAGCCGCGGUAAGAGAAGCCCGACGCCGAAGCCCAAAACCAAGAGCGGAUGAGACUGAGCCCUCUUGGGUCCGGAGGAUUUUGGAUGCCCUCACAUGUGUUCGUGACAACAUCAGACAUCUUACUGAUCGUGUCUCCCGCCUUGAGGAUCCCCGCUUCUCUCGCUCAUACCGAGGUCCACGACACAGCUUUUUCGGAGGACCUAGGCCGGCAAACUCUCUUUGACCUUUCUUUUUCUAUGGCUUUAAGAACUUAUGUCUCUUUAACUUAUUUCAUGCUCAUGACAUUAUGAUAGCUCCUUGUUGAAUGUUUGUUUAAACUCUAAUUAUUAUUGCUUAUGUAAUUGUUUGGCAAUAUGCUUCUCUCCUAGAACAUAUUGUCCCUUUGGAAAUUAAAUUGCAUCAGUUCAC